AUGAAUGCUCAGAGGGCUCAUACCAACUAUUUCCAAGGAAAUCAACUGGAACCCAAAUCCCAGAUGACUCAGAUUCAUGCCUUCCUGGCUCCUACGCCGUUCCAAGGAGCGUACUUCCCCUCAUCUGCUUGGGCCACUGCUAGCGAUACCCUCUUCCAGCUGCGCCAUUGCAUGUGUGUGGGUGCCCCAUCUGCGACGUUGAAAGCCGUGAAUCCUCCACUAUCAGCGUUACCCGCUCCGACGAUUGCGGAGACUUGGACUUGUGUGACUUGUGUGCUCGAUUGCCCCAGAUCUCUCCACUACAAGAGCGUUCGAGUGUAA